UCAGUCUUUAACAAAGGGGCUUGCCAGUGUGGUGUGACGUCGCUCUGUGCCAAAUUGUGUACUGAGAAACCUGGGACAAUAUCUCACUCUUCCUGAAAUUAACGUUCUUGUAGGAUACGUUUCUUCUGAUACGCAACUGUAGUGCUUCUACCAACCCACCUAAAACGGGCGGGGAUGUUAGGGAGGAGCGGCGGGACGAGGCGGCCGUCCAGGCUGUAGUGGGACGGAGUCAAUUCCAAGGAAAGAAGAAAGGAACCAACGGUGAAGAUGCGUCUGUUCCGUCGCCGUAACAGUGAUCCACGCGUUAUCACAGUUCAAUCGAAGGAUGGCCCCGCAGGAGCCGCCGUGCCUAAAGGGGCCUGUGGCACGCCCCGUGGCACAGCACCUGCAGACAAGAGUCAUACACGGAGCGUCCCAUCGCCGCCUGCAGCGUCCAGCAGGGAAAAGACAAAAAGUGACAGCAAGAAGGGAAAGGCGGGGAUGCAGUUUUACCAGACAGUGACUGCCGUCCCAGCCAGGGUGAUGGACCCCCCGACAGUCGCGUCCCCGUCCACCCCCUCCACCACAAUACCCAGCACCACUACCUCCACGUCCACCUCCACCACACCCAAGACGGCAAAGAAAGGUUUGGCCACGUGGGGACGGCGUGUGGGGAAGAAGCUGGAACAGCUGACACGAUCCCCAAGCAAGGAGAAGGUCACGUUUGGUAGAUUCUCUCGAUCAAACUCCACCAGAUCCAUGACUUUAUCAACGCCCUCCCCGACCACCCCCACGUCAGGGCUGAGCUGGGGCGGCCGAUCAGUCCCAGGAACACCUUCUCCUGAGAACCGAAGUGGAGAGGGACGUCACCUGUACCGUUCCUGCUCCGCUUCACAGCUGGGCACCUACCUAGCUGCCGAGGACCCCGCCGCCUGCCUCGACCUAACCCGCGACGCCUCCACUGUUACCACCUCUGUACCUUCCACCCCCACCACGCCCUCCACACCCACCGCGUCCACCGCCACCACCGCAGCCUACCUCCCCACUAAGACAGUCAGCUGUGAAAAUAUAUCAUCUUUAGGUAACAAACCCUCCUUCCCUCAUGCAUUCCUCCGGUCUCGCCCACCCGCGCCCUCCGAACAGCAUCGGCCGUGUGAACCCACCCCGCUGGCCGCUGCUGACACCCCGGGCCGCUCCUCCUGCAAGCGGGUCACCACACUGCGUGACUCUGUCUGUGAUGAAGACACGAGGGAACUCAUAAGGCAGAAGUUGCGGGCGGUGUCGGAGGAGAACUGUGCUGUGAGUCCCGCUCACCGAGGGAUGAGCGCCCUUCAGAUGCGGUUACACCAAAGUCCGGCGCCUCUUCAGCCCCGCUCACGUUCGUUCUCGGCGACGGCCAUAACGGAGCCAGACAUCAUUAUAUGUCCUGUUCGGGAAACUGCCCGUCCCUCGCGCUCCAGAGGGUGUCGAAGCCACAGUGAACACAAGGCGGCGGCGGUGUACACUAGUAGCAAUGAAAGUGGUUAUGAGAGCGACGGUGGAGGAGGAAGAAGUGGUGGUGGUGACCGCGGUGCGAGACACUCGUUCCCGAAGACACACACGAAAAAGGUUGAGAGUGACGCGGACUCUGGAGUGAGCACUGAAAGCCACUCAGAGACUAAUUCUGACUCGGGAUCGCUGACAGGCACAGACCAUCAUGCUUUCGACCACUACGCAAAGCUGGACGAAUAUGCCAAGGCGGGCUCUCAGCCGCCCCAUAAGGCUGAGGUUUACUGUAGCCUCGAAAAAUACUCUAAACCUGACAACUAUCCCAACCUAGACGUGUACUCCAAGCCCGACACUUACUCCAGCAUCGAAAAAUACACCAAACCUGACUAUCCCAACAUGAGUGCCUAUACUCGUCUGGAAAACACAACCAAGAAGGAGGCCAGUAAGUACGCCAAUUACCGGGAAGGAGCCACCACAGCAGACAAGUGUGAGGAGGAACGCCUGGACUCUAGCCGGGGCAGAUACAGCCGCCAGCAUAGUGAUCCUCAAACCAGUCCGGCCACACACAACCUGACGGAUGAAGAGAAGCUCAUUCCAGGACGUCCAAGAGGUUCGCGCCGGCUAUCCGACCCGCAGGACCUCGUCAGUCGUCGACAAAGGUUCCUAGCCUCGCAGCUGGAGCGCCGCACCUCACCCCUCAGUCCACUACGAGGCGCCCUCAGUAUCUUUCGGGAAGGGGAGGACGGGGAACCUCGCAGGGCGUGGUGGGGUAGCGGCACUCCCCUCCGAGGUCAUCUUAGAGGUGAGUCUAUACCACAAUCAGUCGACGACGCCUAUGCAUCGCCUCCACUCUCCCUGCCCGCCUCACUGGGCCAGCCGCCCCCGCGAACCUUCCGCCUCAUGCGGCUGGUGAAGGACCACACCGGGGAGCUGGGCAUCUACAUUACCGCCAGGAGAAACUCUCGCGGCGCCACCACAGGCUACGUCAUCGCGCACAUCGAGAAGGACGGGCUCACGGACAGGGACGGCCGCUUCCGCGUUGGUGACGAGAUCAUCAACGUAAACGGUCGGCGGCUGCGCGGAGUAACGUUGGACGAGGCGCGCCACGUCCUGCGCAGCACGCCCAAGGAGGUGGACAUCGUCAUCGCCAGGGACGUGGAUGUGCAGCACCACCGCGAGUAUGACCACUCGUACCCUGCUUACGAACACUCCGACCCUGAGAUGGAGGCGGCGCGGAGGUUGGGCGAGGCAUGUGGCGAGCUGUGGGCCGCUGACAGCACCUUCAAGAGUGAGCUUCUGACUGCCGAGGAAGACUUUGGGGUGAGACGGGAGUCUCUGGGAAGGUACUCCAACAGAAGUCUUCCCCGUCGCCGAGGAUCUUAUUCGGACUACGACGAUUACUCAGAUUACACGACUCUGGCGCCGUUUGAGUCGUAUCUGCCAGGCUACGACCCCUCGCCAGCAGCCGUGUCCGUCACCGGCCCUGUGUCCGUCAAGGUGCCUGUCCCGGGGAGUCCUGCGUCCCUUCCCUCAAGCCUCUCUGUCACUUCUACUUCCACCUCCGUCAGGAACGAGAGACCUAAGGUGGUCUUCCCACCCUCCCCGGGUCAGCUGGAAGUUCCUCAUGACCAAAGAAAAUGCAAUCUUCCUCGCUACAUCAAUGGCGAGGCGAGGUACUCUUCCUCACACGACGUGCGCCACUCCUCAGAGGUGAGGUACGCGUCAUCCAGUGAUUUGCGACAGUGUGGAGAAACCUCCUUCUUGGCUGAUAUUUACAAGUCGAAGCUUAUUCACAUCGAGCCCGAAGAUUCCCACGAGCGAGAGGGAAACACCUCUGGUCUGAUUCCCAGACUGAUGGCCACACCUAAUAAACAACUGCUUGUUGAAACACAGUCGAUGCCCCCCACGCCCAACAGAAAAUCCCCACACGGCAGCAGAAGGCAUGCGACAGUGUCCCAGCGGCUCUCGUGUCCCCCAGGAACCAUCAAGCUACCAUCCCCGUCACGCUCCGAGCCACGAGGACUCAGUUCUACCCUCCCGCGGAGGCCCAAGAGCCUUGCCAUGUCGGUACAAACUGUGGCAUUCGAAAAGGGUCGCGGCAGGAAGUCUCUAGGGUUCUCCAUCGUUGGCGGUCGCGACUCUCCCAAAGGCAGCAUGGGCAUCUUCGUCAAGACCAUCUUCCCUAACGGACAGGCAGCUGAGGAAAACAAGCUAAGGAAUGGUGACGAGAUCCUUGCUGUGAACGGCCGCUCCCUCUCUGGUCUGAGCCACGCUGAAGCCAUCGCUGUGUUCCGCUCCAUCCGUGCCGGGAAGGUGAUCAUGCACGUGGGGCGCCGCACUGCCUCCUCCUCCAGAUCCUCCAAAUCCAAGUCCUGCGAUGAGCUUGAUAAAAUGGAAUAGACGACUUGGCCACCACUGCAUUCCCUGCCAACCUCUCGCCUCCCUACCUCUCUUACGGCGUGGUCUCGCGCUCCCUCACUGAUGACUCCUGCUGGGAGGCUGGGCUUGGUGCUUAUGAGGAGCCUCACAAUGAGAUACUGCAUCGUAGGUCAUCAGAAUACAGGUGCUGAGGCGGAGCAGAGAAACAGCGGUGAGCAUAGCAAGACAGCAGAGACUGGAAAGUAAUAGCAGUUUUUGAUGUUGUAUAAUGGUCAGUGCACUCAGACUGUUCUUGGAAACUGAUACCGAUAAACAAUAAAUUCAGAAAAAAAAAGUUUCCUCAAGUGGUGUGUUGCGAAGACUGCACUCACAGACACAGUUAACGGAGACGUGUUUUGUGUUUGCGGAUUGUGUUGCAAGCUUUACCAAAAGGCGGCCGUGCCAGGAGUGUUCGUCAGCAGUGGGCCCUUGGUGCUGGGGCGGCUGGGAGGCGCUGGCUGGCUGGCGAGUCUGCAGAUCAUUGAGUUGGGAUUUCACGUGUGUAUGUAUAUGUGUGUGUGUGUGUGUGUGUGUGUGUGUGUGUGUGUGUGUGUGUGUGUUCGCUCGCUCCCAUGCAAAUGAAUCCUGGGUGCGAUUAUUCCUUCUCAACCUUUCCUCUCACUGCAUGAUGCUGAAUUGUGUAUAUUAUUGUUUAACCAAAAACUUUAUAUGAUUAAAUAAUUCUACGAAAUGUCCUGUUAUGUAGCUUUUGUAGCACAGUUUUUACAUACUUUAAGUAAGAUUUUUACAGAAUGUUGUUAGAGUUCUUUUUGUACACGUGUUUCAUACUGAAGCUAACAGUGUCAGUGCUUUGGAGUGGUGGUGAUGGAGUCCCCCUCGAGGCUGUGUGUCUGGGGGGGAUUGGGGAGAGAGAGAGAGAGAGAGAGAGAAAUGGACGGAUGCUGACAUGUAUUCCUUAUAAAUACUUUACCUUUUCUGCUCCACUGUUGGUUCUAGUCUUACUUUUUACAGUUUUUACGCAACAAUAUAUAAUUAUUUACCGUU